AUGGCUUCAGACCAAGACUACAUGGCGUUCCUGGACAAGGCCAACAACGACGCGGACGAGGCCCACGCCAACGCGGCCAAGACGCAGUCGGGCGCGCGGGCGCAACUAAAGGCGCUCGACGCGGGGCAGACGGCGCCGAAGAGCAUCGUGGACGUGUGCAAGGAGGCCGUGUACACGAGCGACGCGGACGAGCCGUUUGAGCAGGUGUCGCUCAAGUAUAAGGGCGCGAAUGGUCUUCCCGACGAGGAGGAAUUCGCCAAGCUCAUCAACCACUGGGACGUGGCCAAGGCCGAAAUUAGCAUCAUGGACCCGCUGGACUGGGAUUCCAACGGGCAGUACACGAACGUGAUUGAGGCGGUCCGUGACGCCAGCAAGGGCAGCGACGUGCGAGUGUACCGGGUGGUGCGCGACAAGACGCGGGUGGAAUACUGGGUGGUUACGAGGGAGGGUGAGCGGAUCGUGGGCGCCAAGGCGCUGGCCGUCGAGUCGUGA